AUGUGGAGCCGCCUCGCCGAAGGUUUGGCCGAGAUCGUGGCGCCGGAAGAGGGCUAUGCGCAGGAGCUGGACGACACGUCGGACCAGGACUCGAUCCACGUCGAUUCCGUCGCGAUGCGUCCUCAAUUUGGAUCGGUCAAAGGUUCGGUGCCGUCGGUAGCUGCUGAUAAACUAAGAGAGGACGAAGACGAGCAGGAGGAAUACAUCCGUGACUUGGAGCGAGCGUUACUUCAGCAGAAGAAACAGAACAACGUGCUGGAAAACCGAAUUAAGGAAUUGAUCGAGAGUCAGCAGGACAAUGGAGACAAAGCCGAACAAAAGCAACUGGAAAGACACGUGCGCGAUCAGGAAGAAGAGGAUACACUGCGACAAAAAGACGUCACUAUUGAGGACAAGUCCCAAGCUGCAGAACUUGUCGAUGCUGCAGCGUUGCAGAGUGAAGAGGAUAGCGUGGCUCGGGUAAAAUAUCAUCGACUCGUACAAGACCUGCAGCAGUCUCAAAUCGAGGUCUCUACCUUGGCAGCACAAUGUCAAGCUCAGGCGAAGGAGCUGAUGGUUUUGCGUGAUAAAGAAGAAGCAUUGCAGGUAGCCAACGAGACGUUGCAACAGGAUGAACAGGAGAUUCGUGCUCGAGCAGCUGAGUACGAGCAAGCAUAUGUGGACUUACUGGUGGAGAUUGAGCAGAUCAAGACGGCGAACGCGGAGGAGAAGACGGCGCUGAUUGAAAACAGCAAGGACCGUGGGAGUUUGAUCGACAGUCAACGGCUCUAUGAUCUGGAAGCUCAGCUAACGACUGCGGAAGCGGACAAGAUGCUCGCUCAACAAGACGCGGAGCGAUUGCAACGUGACGUCGACACGCUGGAAGACGUUCUUCGUCAGUUUCAGAUGGAUAGCAAAGCCCAUAGGGCACGUAUAAAUGCACUGGAAGCAGAACUUGAGCAGACCACAAGAAGGUUGCAGUCGCACCAGCCUCUUUUGGGGCCUAAUGAAGGAGAACGCAACGAUUCCGAGCGCUUGGUGGAGAAACUCGACAAAAAAACGCACGAGUGUGAGCAGCUGCGCGAGGCGCUCGAAAGCACAGCAACGCAGUACACCUCAGAGCGUGACGUGGUCGACAAAAGACUUGCAGCUCAACUGGUGGUGGCAUACGUGGAUAGCGAGAAGAAGGGUGAAAUACUUCAUCUCAUGGCACGAAUCAUGGACUUCACGGAGGACCAGAAACGUCGCGUUGGUGUGGGCUAUCCAGUCGAAGGCAACGGCGGCGGUGGACUCUUUUCGUCGCUCCUCGGACUCGUCGCUCCUGGCGACGAAAGCGCUUCUGUCGAUCCAUCGACGAUUGAAGGCAAGGAUUUCUCGGAGUUGUGGUCCGACUUCUUGCUUGACGAGACAUCGAACCGGAAAUAG